AUGAAACAUAAAAAUAAUGUACCCUUUUUUAUUAAAAUUACUACGUUUGUUUAUCUAACAUGGUUUUGUCAUAUUUACAAAGAAAGUGUGCUUAAUCACUUUGUAGAGGGGAACUACAUCCUUUAUAAUAAAUUAAAUAUGAGAAAUUAUCGAGUGUUAGAACAGUGUAAACAGAAUAAACAUUCAAAUAUUAUAGGUUUAGGUAAAGAAAUAUUAAAUAAUGAUGUUAGCAAUCACGAAUGUAUAUCUGAUAAUGAAAAAAAAGUUAAAAGUAAAAACAAUCAAUUAAGUGCAAAUUUAUCAAAGAAAACAAUACAGGAUAAACACUUUUUGAGAAAAAAAACUUGUAUAUUUGAAACUAAAAAAUAUUCUCACUUGGAAAAAAAUAUAUUCAAAGAAAUUGAUUUUAUAGAAUUUCUUAAAAACAACAGAACAAUUAGUAAUAAGACUUACAAAAAAAUGAUACUCAAGAAAUACAGACUACGGCUUGUCCUGCCUUUGUUAAUAUUCAUGUCGCUCUUAAUAUCACUCAUAUUAGAUUAUUCUUGUGACUAUGGAAUUUUAAAUGGGUUGAUUAAUUUAUUGAAUAUCUCUUUAAAAAAAUGGUUUAAACCUUUACAUAAUUUAUUAGAGAGCUACAGUUUAGAUCCGUUGUUAAAGAAGUCUCGUGUUAUUAUAUAUUCUGGAGAAAAUUGUAUAUGGGGAUACACCAGUUACGUACCUAAUUUUUUUGGUCUCAUAAUAUAUAUUCUACCCUUUUUUAUAUUAGGUGUAACCAUUAUAACAGUAAUAAUGUAUUACCAUAAACAAGUUAAAAAAUAUCAAAAAAUUAAGUUCAGGAAAAGAUAA